AUGGACGCCGCUGUUAAUCAACAUUAUAAAGAAGCAACAAACAAUAGAUUGACAAGCAAAGAUAAACAAUUGCUUAAUGAAACAAAUUCACCUUCGAAAGACUCUGAUUUACAAGCAGAGAAAUUUGGCGGAGAUACACCGAGUCAACAAGGUAGUGGAACAUCAACUGUUCUUGAUAAUGCUAGUGGACAAACAAAUCCAAAUAUUAUCUAUUAA